CGAAGAGGUCGAAGGUAACUAGUACAUUAUUGUGUUAUGUAGCUGGGGCGAGGAUAGUAACGCAUUUACUGCUAGUUAUUAAAUUCAGUAAUUUUAGGGAGAUUCGCUCCUGCAUAUUGUCGGGUACCUUUAUCGUUAUCUUAUGUUAAGUUAGUGAAGCUAUAAAGUUGAGCUAUAUGUGCAUGCAUAUAGUUGUUGAAGCAAGUGCUGUCAGCUUGACACUCGUUAUUGUUGUGUACAGUUCUGUAUAGAAACAUGUAGACAUCCUUAAGUCACCGUAUCAUUUUAGAAAAUUGUAUAAUAGAGCCUAGUUUUCAACACGGUUUACUAAAUUGACACAACAGGUAGAUAAUAACUAGACGCCAUGAGCUCUUUCAAAGUCAUUGCCUGCGGCAGACAGCUAUUUUUACCUCAUGCAAGAGGACGUGCUUUGUCUAGUUCUGGACACACCAUACUUAUGGGACGCCUCAAAGGAAGUCUCAGCGCCUUUUCGAGACUGCAGUCCAACAUGUCAGCUUGGGUGAUUGACGAGUAUGGCAACAAUGGCGUGCUGAGGUUUACUGAAGAGGCCACCGCUCCCAGUAUCAGUUCUGGAGAUGAUGUUUUAAUCCGUGUCCACGCCGCAAGCCUCAACCCCAUAGACAUAGCCAUGAGGGCUGGGUAUGGGUCAAUACUUCUGAAACUGAGACGGGACCUGAUGUCUUUGGGUCAAAACGCCAGUGAAUUUCCCAUCAUAUUAGGUCGUGAUGUCUCAGGUGUAGUGGUGGAUUGUGGAUCUGGAGUGACCCAUUUCACACCAGGAGAUGAGGUGUGGGCGGCCGUCCCUCCGUGGAAGCAGGGCAGCCUUGCAGAGUUGGUGUCUCUGUCUGAGUACGAGGUCUCUCACAAACCCAGCUCUCUGAGUCACACGGAGGCGGCGUCUGUUCCAUACGUGGCCUCUACGGCCCUGUCUGCUCUGGUCAAUGCCGGCGGCCUGGGCAGAGACAACUGUGCUGACAAACGAGUUCUGAUCAUUGGGGCCUCAGGUGGUGUUGGAACAUUUUCCAUCCAGCUGUUGAAGGCCUGGGGUGCCCACGUGACAGUGACCUGUUCCCACAAUGCCGAGGGGCUGGUCAGGGGUGUGGGGGCGGAUGACGUAGUGGACUACACAGCAGGAGAUGUGGCGGCGGAGCUGGGACGGUUGGAAAAGUUCGACGUGGUCCUGGACAAUGUGGGGGGGGGCUCUGAGCAUUGGGCCCCGGACCUCCUGAAGGCCUGGUCAGGGGCCAAAUACGUGACCCUGGUGACCCCACUGCUGGCCAAUACGGACUCCAUGGGCCUGCUGGAGGGAGGGGUGCGUUCAGGACUUGCCCUGAGCCAGGUUGCUGUUAAGAACAUGUGUAAUGGAGUGUUCUACCGCUGGGGUUUCUAUGCUCCAGAUGGCCCCGUGUUGGAUGACGUCAGCAGACUGGUGGACACAGGGAAGAUCCUUCCAGUGGUGGAGGCCACGUUCCCUUUCGCCCAGGUUCCACUGGCCUUUCAGAAACUGGAGGGGGGUCACGCUAGGGGAAAGACUGUUAUCAGCGUGAACCAGGAGGCGCAGGAGGGGAUGGCAGGGACAGAGGGGGUGGAGGAGAACACAUCAGAGGCCGGGGGAGACGGUGCCAAAGAGCUGAACUGAUGUGGACGUCGUGCCCCUUAGGGCUUGAAUGUCUGUUUAUGACAUGUAGGAUCAAGGUUUCUCAGUCCCGCUUUGCUACGUUUUGUGCCUAAUGAACAGCAUCAUGGGAGAAUGCUGAACUUUGCACAGCAGCGCCUGGGAUUGACACUGGUCUUUUUCACAUAUUUUAAGGUCUGUAAGGGCAGGGGAAACUGAUUCUAGAUCUAUACCUAGGAGAAACUUUAAGGACUAGAGUAAAAUAUUUUAUUUUAA